CCUAAUCGACGCAAACCGGCUUCAACGCGGCCGCUACGCUGUCAUUCGUGGCAAGACUCGCACCAGAGCUUGCCGUGAUCACUGCCGGCUCGGUGCAGCGGCGCCAGAGCUGUCAGACGCGUUGGCGCCACCGCUGCACGCUGCACAUUGAUGCGCCUACUCAUGGCAGCCUGCGUCCACGCGCUCACCCCGCCAACGACGCCGACGACACCCGUCGUCCUCGAGCCGCCGCCGCCGCUGGAAAUACUCUACGAAGGAGACACGUUCGCCAUCGUCGCGAAGCCGGGCGGCGUCCCGUCCCACGCCUCCGAGUACAUCGGCAAGGACUACGUCGUGCCUCUCCUGCAACGGGCCCGCGACGCGCUCGGCCGGCGCGUGAAUUUGGUGCACCGCCUGGAUCGGGGCGCGAGCGGGUGUGUUAUUUGCGCCUACGCGGAUCUGGACGAUGCGGCGGAGGUGACGACCGCGUUGGGAGAAGCCCUGGCGGCGGGCCAGAAGACGUAUGUGGCGCUCGUGAGGGGCGAGGGCUUCCUGCGGGAGGACCUCCUGGAAAAAGCGGGCGCGGACGUACCAUCGGGCGACCUCAAGCGGGAGGGCUGGUUCGUCGUCGACCGGCCCAUCAAGGACGACAGAGGACGGGAGAACAACGCGACGACUACUUUUAAAUUUGUGGCGUCCACUGGCAGUGAAGACGCGGCGCGCGCGUCGCUCGUAGCGGCGCGCCCCGCGACGGGCCGCUGGCACCAGAUCCGCCGCCAUUUGAACGGCCUCUCGCACCCGAUCCUCGGCGAUAGCUCGCACGGGAACUCGCGGACGAACCGCGAGUGGAGGAAGGAACGGGACCUCCCCGGCGCGCGCCUCUGCCUGCACCUGUGCCGCAUCUCGCUGCCCGCGACGGCACGGACGCCAGCGAUCGACUGCGCGUGCCCGCUCCCCGAGGACCUCCGCCGCGUCCUCGGCCACAUGGGGAACGUGGGCGACGCGUCCGAGGAAUUUCUAAAUGAAAUGUUGUAACUAGG